UCCGCUUCGGCUCAUGGCGGGGCUGGCUGUAGCAGCCGGCCGCAUGAUGCGGCCUCCCGGGGUCCAGCUUUGGCAGAGCAGAUGUGGGCUUUGGGGUCUGGCAGAGAGGCCCGGGAGACUCUGGAUGAGCCAGUGCCGCCCGCGGCUGGAAGGGGGGCGGCGAGCCUCCGCGCGGCCCGGUGGUACCGUGGGAAGCAGGCCCUUCGGCACCCGCCUGCCGCCGCCCCCGACCUCCCCGGGGCGGGAGCCGGGGGACCGCAGGGACCCGACACGGCCCUCCAAGCCCGGGCCUGUUUCUUGGAAGUCUUUAGCAUUCACUUUUGCUGUUGGAGGAGCAUUAUUGGCUGGAAUGAAGUACUUCAAAAAAGAAAAGACAGAGAAGCUGGAGAAGGAACGGCAGCGAAGCAUUGGAAAGCCUUUACUUGGGGGACCAUUUUCCCUCACAACUCAUGCUGGAGAGCCCAAAACUGACAAGGAUUACCUGGGUCAGUGGGUACUGAUUUAUUUUGGUUUCACUCAUUGCCCUGAUAUCUGUCCAGAAGAACUAGAAAAAAUGAUUCAAGUUGUGGAUGAAAUAGAUAGUAUUCCAACUCUGCCAAAUUUAACUCCGCUUUUCAUCACCAUUGACCCAGAAAGGGAUACAAAAGAAGCUAUCGCAGAUUAUGUUAAAGAGUUUUCUCCCAAGCUUGUUGGCUUGACUGGCACCAAAAAGGAGAUUGAUCAAGUGGCCAAAGCAUACAGAGUGUAUUAUAGCCCUGGACCCAAGGAUGAAGAUGAGGACUACAUAGUGGAUCAUACAAUAAUAAUGUACUUGAUUGGACCAGAUGGCGAAUUUCUAGAUUAUUUUGGCCAGAACAAGAAAAAUGCAGAAAUAGCAGGUGCAAUUGCUGCACACAUGAGGACCCACAUGAAAAAGAGAUAGCCACAGCCAGGAUUCUCUGGCUAAAGAAGACCAAAGCAUUGUCUGCUAUUAAAGCAUAUAUAUCUAUAUGCAACCUACUGAAAGACCUUCGUACCAGGAGAACAUGUCUGUUAGCUGCGUGUUUCCUUUGGACUCAAUUAGCACUUUUGGAACUGUAAUCAUUACAGUCCAGCCAAAUAGCUACCCUGAGCCAGGAAGACCAGGUUAAAUGGAGCCAGUAGAGAAAAGACCACAGAAUUAACAGAGAGAAGCAUGCUGGUGUAUGGCCAAGGAGCAAGGCCCUCACAGGCUGCUUCUCCAUUGUCUUGGACUAAUGUCACACAGGUUGUGUGGCUGAUCUUUACAGAAGAAUGUAAUUUCCAUAGUGCUCUUGCUUUGCUUACCUUUAGUGCUUGAUAGCAGGUAAAGAUUAGCUAUCUGCCAUUCAAAGUCAGUCUUUGUACUUAAAAGGAAAAGGUUAGUCUUGUUAAUGAAUAUCAUUGUCACAUUUCAUCUCCCCAUCAGUAGAUACUGAUUUAACUAGUGAAGAGGGGGAAAUCUGUUGCUUGGAGAUAACUGUUCAUUUGAUUCCUAUAAGCGUUUUUUGGGUUUAUUUUAAAUAGAUAAAUGAUUUGUCAGAUUUUUAGUUAUAGAUCAGACAAAUAAGGGUAUUGAUCAUCAGUGUGACAAAGAAUGGUUUUUUUGCAUAUAACAUUGCACUGCAUAUAAAAUGAAAGUGUGUUCAGUUUUGCAUAGAUGAGCAUGGCUCUUCCCCUGGGUGAAGAGCAAGCCUGUUGUCAGAGCAGAGGCUGAGAUCUGCAGACUGUGUAGGGUAGGUUGGUGCUUGUGAAAAUGCAGAUUCUCUGACCAGAGCUGGCCUCAACAAGCUUGGAGAAGGGUGCAGAGUCCUAAUAGACAGGCCUAGAAACAUCAUUUCAUUGCAGAAUAACCACUUGGUAUGUCAGCUGUUCAAGAAAAUGACCGUUGAGUGGUGUAGUGAAUCUUGGCUUUUACAUUUUUCUUGCCUAGUGACUUGACUGUCACUAGGGCCAAGUUCUCUGAAUGUCUUUUAAUAAAUCCUAAAUUGCCACCUA